AUGGCUGAAUUUUUAGCCGAAAAUAAUCACUGCGGUCAGAAUAUAUUAAGAUUAGUUUCUCGUGGUAAUGCGAUAAUUGCUGAAAUUUUACGACUUAAAGACUUUAUACCACAAAUAUAUAGAUUAGAUUCUAAAGCUGAUCAACAAAAAUAUGGUGACUUGAUAUUAGAUUUUUCUUAUUUUAAAAACUUGGAAGGAUUUGAACAAAAAGUUGAAAAUGAUCCAAAAUUACAAGAUUUGGAUGAAGAAAUAAGAGAAAACAAUUUAGAAAUAAUAACACGUUUUUAUUUAGCUUUUGAAAGCAUUCAUAAGUAUGUUAUCGAUUUAAAUAGAUUUUUAGAAGACUUGGAUGAAGGCAUUUACAUUCAACAAACCUUAGAAAGUGUAUUGGAAUCUGAUGAGGGCAAGCAACUUAUGUGUGAAAGUUUAUAUUUGUAUGGAGUUAUGCUUUUAUUAGUCGAUUUGCACAUAGAUGGCAGUAUUAGAGAAAGACUAUUAGUAUCUUACUAUCGCUACAGUGCCCAAAAAUCGAAUUCAGAAAGCAAUAUUGAUGAUGUUUUUAAAUUAUUAUGUUCUACUGGUUUUUCAAGUAGUGGAGGAAAUAAAAGACCAUCACAAUAUCCUGAAGAUUAUUUUAGACGAAUACCUAUCAAUGAAACUUACAUAGAUAUGGUUUUAGGAAGGCUAAGAAGUGAUGAUAUAUAUCACCAACUCAAAGUUUAUGCUCUACCUGAGCACAGAAGUACAGCUCUUGCAAAUCAAGCUGCUAUGCUUGUCAUUUGCUUAUUUUUUUCUCCUAAAAUUUUGAACAAUCAAACAGCUGUCAUGAGAGAAAUUGUGGAUAAAUAUUUUCCAGAUAAUUGGGUGUUGAGUAUUUACAUGGGAGAAGUCAUAAAUCUUAUCGAUGUUUGGGAUUCUUAUAAAGCAGCAAAAUCCGCCUUAUCAAAUUCUUUGGAAACAUCAAAUCUAUCAAAUUAUGCCAAUAAACACAAAAACAAAUUACAGAAAUUGACUGCAUGUAUUGAAAAGUUUGUGGAAGAAGGUGCCUUAACAGAAGAUCAACUUCUCGAUAAUUCUCAAAGAGUUAUGAACCUAAUUAGAGAAGCGAAUGUUACUUUGCGAUGGCUGAUGCUUCAUACAGCUCCCCUUUUUCCUGUUUCGGAAGGGAGUAAAAAAUGUAAACAAAUAAGAGAUUACAUUAUUUCCGAAAUAAAAUUUUCUCCCUUGGAUAUGUUUCAACUUUUGCUAAACGCAGCGCAAUUCGAAUUAAAAGUCAAGGAUAUGUUUAAAGCAUUGUUGCUUGAAAAGCAAGAUAAGUGGGAAUCGUAUAAAAAAGAAUGUGUCGAUCGUAUGAAUGAAUUAUCGGAUGUAUUUUCGGGAACGAAACCUUUGACGAGAAUAGAAAAAAAUGAAAAAUUACAUGCGUGGUUUCAAGAUAUAGGUAAACAAAUUGAUUCUUUAAAUCACGAAGAAACAAAUGCAUCUGGAAGAAAAAUUGUUCAGUUGAUCAGAGCUUUAGAAGAAGUUCAAGAAUUUCACGACCUGGCCAAUCAACUUCAAGUUUGUCAAUUUUUAUUAGAAACUCGUAACAUUCUUCAUUCAAUGUUGAGAAGCAUAAAUAUUAAGGAAGAAGUACCCAUUCAUCUUCAAGUCAUUGCAGAUAUGAGUUAUGCAUGGUUAAUUAUGGAUUCGUACACGAAAUAUAUGCAAAAAGGCAUAAAAGAAGAUCCUUCUCUUGUCGUUAAAUUAAGAGCAACAUUUUUAAAAAUGGCUUCAGCUUUAGAAAUUCCACUGAUGAGAAUUAAUCAGGCAAGAAGUUCUGAUUUAGUUUCCGUUUCCCAAUAUUAUUCGAACGAACUUGUUGCAUACGUGAGAAAAGUACUUCAUAUCAUUCCAGAAACAAUGUUUCAAAUAAUGGCAAAAAUAGCUCACAUUCAAACUUAUGAGAUUAAGGAAGUGCCAACAAGGUUGGAUAAGGAUCAGCUUAAGGAAUAUGCUCAAUUGGAUCACAGAUUUCAGGUUGCCAAAUUAACUCACGAUGUGUCCGUGUUAACGGAUGGGAUAACAAUGAUGAAAUCGACUUUGGUAGGAGUCAUUAGAAUCGAUCCCAUUCAAUUAUUGGAGGAUGGGAUUAGAAAGGAAUUGGUUAAACACAUGGCUACGGCUUUGAACAAUGGACUUUCAUUUAAUUCUAAAAGCAAGACAAGUGAAUUAAUUCAAAAACUAGAAACGUUGGGUGACGUCAUGGAUGGUCACAAAAAAUCAUUUGAAUACAUACAAGAUUACAUUCACAUAUACGGAUUGAAAAUUUGGCAAGAAGAAUUGACGAGAGUUAUCGGGUAUAACGUGGAACAAGAAUGUAAUAAUUUUUUACGAAAUAAAAUUUCGGACUGGCAAAGCAGGUACCAAAGUAAAACGAUACCCAUUCCAAAAUUUUCUUCCCAAGAUUCUUCGUCCGUGAAUUUCAUGGGAAGACUAGCGAGAGAAUUAAUUAAAAUAACCGAUCCAAAGUGUACAAUUUACUUAGAGUCCACCGUUACCUGGUACGAUUUGAAAACAAAAACGGAAGUUGUAAAUACGAAAUCAUUUUCGAAAAUAACAAAAUCCGUUGGAACACAAGGAGUCACGGGAUUGGAUUGUCUUCUCUCCUUCAUGAUAUCCAGCGAAUUGCAAAAUUUUUUAGGACAGUUGGAAAAAGUCGUGGUAAAAGAUAAAUCCGUAUUGCAAAUAUUAGAAGACGCGUCGAAAAAUUUUAAAAAUAAAAAUGACGUCAUAAAAAAUGGUAGCAAAUAUUAUUUGAAUUACACGUCAAAAAUAUCGAAAACGUUGACUCAAUUAUUAUUAGAUUGGAUAUUGAAAAUCGGUCAAAUGCAAUUGUUGAGAAUUCACAUAGCUUACGAAUUAUCGACAUUUUGUAAAUUUGAAUCCCCGAAUUUGUCGUCCGUCAUCGAAGCUUUCAACAGAGCUUUGCUGUCGGACGUGAGGAAACAUUUUAGAGAUCCAUCCAUGCCUUAUCCGAGCGAAGACAGUUUACUUUUUCCAAAUAUUUCUUCUCAAUUAGACGCCGUCGGAUUAAGCGAUCCAACAAUGAAAAUAUACGUGACGACGAAAAAUAUAAAUCAUUUUCCACUCCUCAUAUUUUUAUUCUCUCUCUCUCAAUUGCAUAAACUUCAAUAUUCGAAAACAGUCGGUACUUUACUAUCUAAAAAACCUACUACGGAUCCAUUGGAUGGAAUUUCAUUCGCGAUGGGUUUGCAAACUCUUUUCCGUCAAUUUCAUUCCGAUGCGAAACAAGAAUUUCUAAGUUAUUUCGGACAAUAUCUCAAAUCCGUCGUCGUUGAAAAUUGUCAAAAGGUCAAAUACGAAGCAUCCGAUGAGAUUUUAACCGGGAUUUAUUUUGCAGAAUCAUUCGUGAGAUUAUCGAGAUUACCGAAAGAAAUAUUGGACGAGUACGUACCCAAAGUCGUUUUAGAUCUUUAUCCUUUGGUUUAUUAG